AUGGAGACGCUCAAGAAAAGCUUCAGUACCACGACAAGGAACCUCAGCGAAGAAGAAGAACGUCAUUAUAAAUGUGAGAACAUGCGUGAGAAAGCACUGAGCAAAUGCUCGCGCGUAACGUUUUUGGUUGAUGCAAUGGAGAAAUUGGGCUGCAAAAUGGAGACGGGAUUCUUCUCUAGUGUCGAUUGUGAGGAUAAAAUCAAUGGAGGGUUCCAUCUGGACGACGAGGGCAAGCCUGGGGUGGUGCUGUGUCAGAACCACAUCCCGGACCAGGAAUGGAUGGACCGCACUAUGGCACACGAGCUGAUCCACGCAUUCGAUCAUUGUCGCAACAAGAUCGACUGGAACAAGUGUGAGCACCACGCUUGUAGUGAGGUCCGAGCAGCAGCGUUAAGUGGUGAUUGCAAUUGGAAGUACGAGCUCUUUCGCAAGAAUUACAACAUCAACAAGCAGCAUCAGCUUUGCACGCGGAGACGAGCAAAAUUGUCCAUUGAGCAGAACGAAGCGUGCAACGGCAAGGCGGACGAAUGCAUCGACAAAGUGUUUGACUCUUGCUACCGUGAUUGGUCUCCAUUCCGUGAGAUCCCCUAG